GAGUGUGAGACUUCCAAAAGGGGCUCCACUUCCGCAAGGAUUCAGCCAGCAUCCGCGUGACUCGCCCCUACACAAGUGCAAAAAAAAAAAUGUUGUUAUUGUUGUUGUUUUAAACUCAUUUCUUUGGUGACAAAGCAUCAUCGAUCCCAUCUAGCCAGGGUGCGGACUGACCCAUUUCCCCAGGGCGACGGUGGUGUUUAUUAGUUGUAUUGAUUUGGAAAGAGCAUGGAAUUCCUGCAAACUGUGCACAAAAGUAGCCAUUUGUUCCACGCCAACAUAAUGGUCGACGAGGUCAAAUGACGCCAAACUUUAACUCAUUGGCUGCCAUUGACGGAGACGGACGUCCACGCCAUUUGAAAGUUUUUUUUGAAGAGGCACGCGAUUGGACGUCAAUGAAUGAAAUAUGAAUGAAUGAAAUAUUUAUCGUCAUCGGUAUCAUUGACAAUUACAAAAUGUGACAUGAUUUGACCGAAAGGAACCGAAGAAGAAGACAAAGGCAGACGGGAGGAAUCACAUGCUUAUCAGUUUCCCGUCCCCCCCAUACAGCUAAAGAUGCACAAUCAGACAUGGUACAGUUACAUACAUCACAUGGCCACAAACUGUACAAUAACACAAUCAACAGUCUGGGUUUACAAUAAUUCAGCAUCCGGUCAAGCAGCUCGAUUGUGGUUGUUGACACAGCAGUCUCUUGCACAAGAUUAGUGGUCUAAAUUUCAGGGCUUACAAGGUUAUGGCUUUGUCGUGACCCUGACAUUCUAGCAUCUAUUUGCUGUGGGAACAUUUUGUUGUGGCUAUGUGUGUUGCAGCAGUGAUUAUGUGUUAUCGCAGCUGGUGUGAGUAGCGACCCAAUCGUCGUCAACGGCGCCGAAAGAGUUCACGAAAAGCAAAAGUAGGGAUGACAUUUGUGGCGACCGAAGACCGAUCUGCAGAAAGGAAGUUGAACAUGUGGAAAGUCCCAGAGAGGCAGGGGAACGUCACAGCUUUGUCAAUUCUCACCUCGGUCUUCCGGGGACCGCCCGGGUCGCCGUCAUCCUCCCGCGCCGCCGUCGGGCACGCCUCAAAGUCCGUGCGUCCCAAGUCUUGCAAGUAUUGGAAAAGAGGCGAGUUCUGUCGAGAAAACACGCAGGUCAGACGACUUCCCAUCUCGCGCCGACCUGUUGAAGCAUCUCGGCUCUGCUCGGCCGACACACACGCAUAGAUCCUAAUCUCCUCGCGCGCGCCGAAAUACGUCCUGAUGUUGUCCCGCAUCCCCGAAACACCAUAAAAUGGACGUCUUAAUCCGUCCUUGCAGUCAGCAUCAUUUCAUGACACUACUGGACACUUAACAGAUGCAUCACGGGACUCCGUCUGUUGAAUUACCGUGACGUAUAUAUACUCUCGGGAUAAUACUCACUUCCAUAGUCACGCUGAGCUCAUUUUGUCGCAAUCCAGAUGUAUGCGUGUGUUACCCAAUUUUUAAUCGGAACCGACGCGUUGGUUCCGUCCAUCUGGUCGUCCCCGCCCCACCUAGUGCCGUCAACAACCAAUAAUAGUCUCUAAACUUGCCCCCGUCCAUCACGAGAACAGCAAAGCAUUAGCAUUUAUUGGACACUUUUGAAUUAAAAAAAAAAAAAGCAUACAUUUAUCUGUAGCUAAAGCGCGCGUGUCUAUUUGUUGCAGGAUGACAAAGCAUCGGAUCACAAGUGUCACUGACCUCAAACACGACAUCGUCGUCAAACUCCUCCGUCAUGGCGCUCCUCCAUUGACGCGCGGCUCGCUCCGCAUGCCCAACUUCGGGAGCGACUGGACUCGAUGGUGCGCCGAGAAAAGAGAGAGAGAGAGAGCGAACGAGCGAGGCGGUAGUUUAGCCGCGUUGCUAAACUUGGCUAAAAAACUACAAUUCCCACCGAAGCGAAACUCUUCGAAAAAGGGAGCCUCUGCUCCACAGCGCCCCGGGUGAUCAUUUUAUGGACGUGCCUUACCGUUAGAAAAGUCAAACAUUCGGAGGACGCGAUUUCAAAAUAAAUCAUACAUCAAUUUAAAAGUUGCCGGGAAAAAAAAAUACGUAUUGAUCGUCAGCGUGUAUUAUUUGAAUCGAUGCAUCGCAGUUAAAUUAUUGUUCUUCUGGGGGGAAAAAAAGCGAGACAUGUCGUUCACAAUCGAGUUGGAUGCUGCGUCAACAACCGGAAACUGUUUGCUCGCAGCGCUUCCUACUUGACGCAAACGACAAACUUGCCGAAGCUGGAAAAGGCAGGGAAAAUGGAAAAAGCAACACAGAAAAAGUCCUUAUCGGUGGAUAAGUGAGCAAGAUAAGGAGUCCGAGUGGCGGCCGGCGGUGCUUUUUCUUCUUCCCCAAGUGACAAUGGUGCUGAGGCAGGAAAGAACGGAGAGCUUCCAUUGAAAGCGAAUUUACGUUCCUCAUGGAGAAAGCAGUAGCAGCAGCAAGUCGGGAGUCAUGAGCACAGGUGUGAAGAAGCCACCAUUAGCUCCCAAACCUAAACUUGCCCAGGCCUCCCCCCCGCCCGUCGCCCCCAAACCGCCGACCGCGGCCCCCGACUCUGCCCGGCCCUCCCCCGCCACCCUCAAGCGGACAAAGCCGGCUCUGGCCCCUAAGCCCCGCGUCCCAAAAGCCGCAGGCCCCUCCGCCCGAGCCCAGCUUAUAGCAUCUCCUGGGCAAGAUCUCGAGGACAACCUCUCCCCGCUCGACUCCAGAAAUGGGACGUUAUCGGAGCGGGAAUCGGACGACGUUGUUCCCGCGUGCGCCUGCGGGCCGCGGGAUGGCUGCCGGUGCCGGGCUUUGGAGAACGGCGCGCAACAGCUGAAGAACGGGAUUCUUGAAGGAGCGCCGAACGGAACCGAGGAGUUUUCGAGGGUGAGCGAAAAGCUCCGGGAUGAGCCUGACGGACGGAGACGCUCGGACAGGGCGAACGAGGGCGACGGGACGCGCGUCGACGCCUCUUCUCCUGCCGCCGAACGUCACGAGCGGCCGGACUGCGGCGACGGCUCGGUCCCCGCGCCUCCCAGUAAGCCCCUCCCCGUCCCGCACCCUCGCAAGCACGGGAAGCCGAUUCUGGCGAGGCAGGACGGGGUGGAGGGCUCGGCUCCAGAGUCGGACGAUCAAAAAGAAGAGAACGCGGUUUCUCGGGAAAAUGACGACGACGCUCCCGCGCCGCCUCCUAGGCAGACUUCGCUCUCCCCUCGCCUCCAAAGGACGCGGCCCGCCUCCCCGAAACCGCACAAGAACAUUUCGCUCGGCCCGCUCUCCCGGCCUCACCCGGCGGGCGAGCCCGAGGCCGAGGAGCGCGCCGGUAACCGAGAGGAGGACGGCUACGGCGAUUUUAAGCGCUACCCCGUCACGCACAGCCUCCCCAAGCAGCUGAAAUUGGGCCGCCCGCCACCCCCGCCCCACCCCAGGAGGGCCUUUUCCGCCGAGGACCGCCCGCCGCCUCGAAAACCUCAGCGGCACAGCCUCCCCGCCCCGCCGCCGCCCCCUCUCGGCCCCUCGAGGGAGCUGCCCGCGCCACCUCGGGAGAAAGCUUCCCGGCGUUUCGCCCGUCCCGGCGUGACCUUCUUCAGCCGCCAUAUGCCCACCAGGAGCAGCGUGCCGCCCAAAAGCCGGGCUCCGGCGCUGGGGGGCAAGCAGCGGGCGCAGUCCUUCUCGACCGCCGACCUAGCUACCCGCCUGGACCCCAAACAACGCGGCCUCUCCUUGCGAAAGCUUCUGGAGCUGCGCGUGUCGGUCAAGAUGCUGCCCAAGAUGCUGGCCAAAGGAGGCCACUCACCGGACCGCGCCGAGCGGGGGCGGCGGCCCAACAGCUGCGUCGACGUGGUCGGCGAUGACGACGACGCCGGCGGAGCGGAGUACGAAAACGUCCCCCUGUACGAGGAGAUCCCCGAAUACAUGAACUUGCCCUUUCACAACGGCGAUCCGCGUUGGUCGCGGGAUGCCGACGACGUCUACGAGGCCCAAGAUCCCUACAGGAGGUUCGGCGAGGACAGCGAACGGCCGAGAAGGGACGUCCACUCGGAGGAAGAGGACGAGGCGGCCCGCAGUUGGGACGAGGAUGAGGAUGACAGCUCGUCCUCCGGUAAGGAGCACGCGGACGAGGCUGACAAACAGGAGGAGGACGAAACCAAGCGCAAGAAGGUGGCUCACAUCGCCCGGGAGAUCAUGAGCUCAGAGAAAGUGUUUGUGGAUGUCCUCAAGCUUCUCCACAUAGACUUCAGGGACGCCGUGGCCAAGGCCACACGUCAGAACGGCAAGCCGGCGGUGGACGAUCGCGUCCUCAGCCAGGUCUUGUACUACUUGCCUCAGCUCUACCAGCUCAAUAAGGACCUGCUGCGGGAGCUGGAGGAGAGGGUGGCGCACUGGAGCGAGCACCAGCGCCUGGCGGACAUCUUUGUGCAGAAGGGCCCGUACCUGAAGAUGUACUCCACGUACAUCCGCCAGUUUGACAACAACGUGGCGCUGUUGGACGAGCAGUGCAGGAAGAACCCGGCCUUCGCCGCGGCGGUGCGAGAGUUCGAGACGAGCGCCAGGUGCGCCAGCCUCGCCCUCAAGCAUUACCUGCUGAAGCCCGUCCAGAGGAUCCCUCAGUACCAAUUGCUGCUCACAGAUUAUUUGAAGAAUUUGCCUCGGGAUUCAGAGGACUACAAAGACACGGAAGCGGCCCUCGGCAUCGUCAAGGAAGUCGCCAAGCACGCAAACGACAUCAUGAAGCAAGGGGACAACUUUCAGAAGCUGAUGCAGAUCCAGUACAGUUUGAAUGGCCACCACGAGAUCGUUCAGCCGGGCAGGGUCUUUCUGAAGGAGGGAACGCUGAUGAAGCUCUCCAGGAAGGUCAUGCAGCCGCGGAUGUUCUUCUUGUUCAACGACGCGCUGGUGUACGCCACGCCCGUCCAGUCGGCCCAGUACAAGCUCAACUGCGUGCUCUCCCUGGCCGGCAUGAAGGUGAGCAAGCCCAGCCAGGAAGCCUACCAGAACGAGCUGAACAUCGAAAGCGUGGAGCGCUCCUUCAUCCUCUCGGCCAGCUCGGCGACGGAGCGAGACGAGUGGCUGGAGGCCAUCGCCGAGGCCAUCGACGACCACGCCAAGAAGAAGAUCAGUUUCAUUUCCAGUCGCGGUCAAGAGGAGGCCGACGGCGCACUGGACGUCGGCGCCCCGCUUGGCUCCAAGGCCCCCAUCUGGAUCCCCGACUUGAGGGCCACCAUGUGCAUGAUCUGCACCUGCGAGUUCACCCUCACCUGGCGGCGCCACCACUGUCGCGCCUGCGGGAAGGUGGUGUGCCAGGCCUGCUCCAACAACAAGUACUACCUGGAGUACCUGAAGAAUCAGCCGGCACGCGUGUGCGACCACUGCUUUGCUAAACUGCAGGAGAACAGUGACCGCCGCGCCUCGUCGUCCAUCUCCCCCAUCAAAUCCGGAGCCUUCUCCUUCACCAGGAAACAAAAGAAGAUUCCGGCCGCGCUGAAAGAGGUGUCGGCCAACACGGAAAACUCGUCCAUGAGCGGCUACUUGAACCGAUCCAAGGACUACAAGAAGCCGUGGAAGCGUCUGUGGUUCGUCAUCGAGAACAAAGUUUUGUACACGUACGCCGCCAGCGAGGACGUGGCAGCGCUGGAAAGCCAACCGCUGCUCGGCUUCUUCCUGCGGGAGGAGAAAAACGGACCGGCGCGGAAGCUCCAGUUCAAGCUGUACCAUAAAAAUACGCUUUUUUACAUCUUCAAAGCGGACGACAUCCCCACGGCGCAGAGGUGGAUCGAAGCCUUCCAGGAAGCCAUGAUCCUCGAAGAGUAGACGGACCGCCGUUCCGCUUCCUAUAGGAGUUGGGAGUUGAACUUUUCAUUUCCCAGUGUGUGUACAAGUGGACAAUUUUCCGCAAAUGGCGGUCAAAACUAAUUUGAUGUGAAAUUCAAGCACGUGACUUCAAACCAAGCCGUACUUAACCGCCAUUGACGUGGAAUCCAUUUGGGGUCAGAAAGUUCGCGGCUGGUAUUGAACUUCCGUUUGAAUAUUCCAAGUAACUGCCUAAAUUGUCGGGGAAAAAAACUGGAAGCCAAUCGCGAAAUCUGAGGUGACUCGGAAGCAGUGAUAUUGUGUAUUUGACAGCGCAAUGUUGAUAUUUAUAAAGUAUGAUGGAAGUAUGAAAGUGCAUCAUUUUUUUUAACGAGGAAUUGUGGUUGCACUAAACAUCACGGACGCGUUGAAGAAACACCUCCAAAGACAUUUGUACGUAUAUAUUUUUGUAUCAUGUAAGCAAUUGGAGAAAGUCCUGUUGUGACACUAUUUUUGAUAUGACCCCUCGGUCUCACGUUUUGAAAAAAGUGGGAUAUUGUGUUUUAUCCACAACUUUCAAUGUCUUUGAUUUCCAUGAAUUAUUUGUAUAAUAUCAAUCGUUUGGAGGUCGAGUCUCUGACGAAACAUCAUAAACUGUCAGGCAACAGUUUUUAAU